AUGCCAGGUGUAACCCUUCCCGUGGUCCCUCAAUACUCCCCUGGACCACCUACGUCGGAAGAUCUCGAGUAUGCAGACCUAGCGAUCAUUGAUAUCUCGAAAGCAUCCACCCCGGAGGGACGAGCUGAAUUAGCCGUCACUGUUCGCGAAGCUAUGACCAACCUCGGUUUUUUCUACGUCGUCAACCAUGGAUAUGAUCAAGCUCAAGCUGCCCGAAUUACUGACAUUUCCGAUGUUCUCUUCGCCGGAGUCAGCCAAGAAGAAAAGGAAAUGUAUGAGGGAACCAUGAAAACCACUGGGUCGUACCAGGGGUACAAACUGAGGAAUUAUUGGCACAUAGAUGGGGGCGUUCGCGACCAAGUCGAACAUUACAACAUCAAUAGGGACGUAACCAAGCGAGAACAUCCUCAGCCCAUACGACCGUUUCUGCCAGAGAUUGAGGCCUUUGCCCGACACAAUCAUUUCAACGUACUUCAUCCGAUUCUUAGGUUGUUGGCCCUGGGUCUCGAACUUGACGAAGAAACUUUGGUUAACAUCCACGGAUAUAAUGCGCCCGGAGAGACAUACGUUACCCUCGAUCCGAAGAAGAAGAAAAACGAACGAAGAACAAAUGGGAGUUCAUCUCCUGACGUGCCUUGGGCAGACUUUGGUUCAAUCACGAUUCUAUGGAGUCAGCCCGUUGCUGGCUUGCAGAUCCUCACUCCCAACGGUAAAUGGAAGUGGAUAAAACAUAUAGAUAAUGCUCUCGUUAUCAACGCGGGAGACGCACUGGAAUUUCUCUCAGGGGGUUAUUAUCGGGCAACGAUUCAUAGAGUUGUUCAGCCCCCGACCGAUCAACGCAGCCGACCUCGACUCGGGGCAUUUUACUUCUGCCUAACGGAUGACACAGUCAAGUUAUUGCCGUUCGUGGACAGUCCCGUCCUUCAACGGGUGGGUAUCAAGAGGAGAUUCAGCGAUGAGCAAGCGCCAUCUAUGGAAGCUUGGAGGAAAGGGAGAACGAGUGCCUAUGGACAGACAGAGCUCAAGAAAGCAAUAGAUGGGGUCGUAGAAGAGGAAGUUAUCAACGGGGUUUUGGUUCAGCACUAUAACUGA